AUGACGCUGCUUCACAUGUUGGGGGCUCGUGCGGCACCUAUGUUACAAGCGAGACGGGGACAUGAUAGCGUCCGUGGAUUAUUCGCGCGCCGUUGUUUUCGAAAAGGGGAUUUGUUGCUCUCUGUUCCCUCUCGUAACUGUUAUUUCCCUCAUGCGUCUCGUGUCCCUCGCACUUUACGCCGCUGGAACCGGUCCACACUUUUCCCCGAGGCAACGAUGUGGCUGUGGCGACUGUCGCCCGAUUUUCCUCAAGACCGCGUUUCACUUACCGCGUCCGUGUCAACAGACGAAAAUGAAGUUGUAACCCUAACACUCUCCCCCGUGGAGGCGUCGCUUGCCGUGUCCAUUGCGCUUCGGUACUUUUGGCAGAGCGUCAUGAAACUCAAAACUCGUGUCGGUAUUGGAAAUCCUUCUUUAGGACCUGUAAAAGAUCGCAAGGCGGAUUUAUACGUAAGCUCCCUUCCUUUAACUGAGUAUCUUUCUUAUGGUUUGGAGGCACCAUACUUUUCGGAAGGUGGGUGUGGGUCAAAUGUGCACUCCACCAUCGAGCAGAUCGCGUGGAAUCUGCGAGAUUGCAUAUUAUUACAUGCCCCUCAGGAGGAGUACAGAUUUUACGAUGCCCAUCCGUCCGAAUUGGACAGUGCCAUUCUUACUUCCAUCUACGUUGUGCGUGCUCGUGUGCUUAAAUUGAAGGUGAUACGGACGGAUGACGUUAGGACAGAUACGGUAACGUCAGCCAUCGUACCAAUUGUUGACAUGUUAAAUCACAGUGCCUCAUCACCUGCAUGUGCUGCUUGUGUGUCGCUUCCAACUGCUACAGUUGUUGUACGGGCUGCAAGGGAUAUUAAUGUGGGCGAGGAACUCACACUUGACUAUGGAGAACACAAAGGCAAGAGAAUGUUUCCUCGUAGCCACCGUAAUUCUUUCACAAAUGCCAAUGAACUCACCGAUGAAGAAGAGGAUGAGGAUUAUAUGUGGGAAUCGCGUUAUUUGUUUUCUCGUGAAGUUGCAGGAGGUGAGCACGACCACUUCGAAUGA